GGGAAUGCGAAAGUUUAUCAAACCACAAGGACCAUUAUUUAUGCCGCGUUGUAUAAAUAUAUAAUCAGUUGAAUCGAAGGGAGAUCCCCAAAUUAGCAUCGUAAUCAUCAAAUCAAUCAAGUUCUCCGGCCAGAAAAGAUGAAAUCGAAAGCGGUUUAUAGCGAGGUGAAGUUCUGUUUUCGUUGUGAGGACGAUAAGCUUAUUAGAAUGGAUCUUGCAUGUUGCUUUGAAUCCGGAAGGAUCCGUGACUAUGUAUUACAGGCGAGGCUGCUAUCUUUUUGAAGAUCAAAAGCCUGUUGGACCUGGCGUGCGCUGAAAUUGAUAACAGGAUCAAGGGGGAAAGUUUGCAUAUCGUUGCAUGGACAACAAGGUUGUAACCGUAGAUAUGGCGUGUUGCUUUGAAUCCGAGAUGAUUUUGGUACAUUUAGAAGACGGAUCUAGGGGCCCGGUGUCUAUCAGGAUACCCAGCAAAAUCAUGGCAGCAGUUGAAAGCUUUUGUAUUGCCCCUACCAAAGUCAACCACAGCUGUGGUGGCGAUGCUAAAUACGCCUCAAGGCUGCUUGAGGAUUUCGAUCGCCAGUUUGCGUCACAACACCCUCUUUCUCUUCUUGUUCAGUUUAUGCAUGCUGCUAUGAAACUGAGGAUUAGAAGCCUCUUGGACCUGACUCGUGCUGAAAUUCUCAAGAGGAUCAAGGGCAAGACUAAUGAUGAGAUUUUCAAGAUCAUCGACAUCCCUCGUAUGACUCAUCAGGACUUUCAACGGGCGCGCGUUGUACAUGAUUGGGCUUUUAAUAUCAAAUGAGUUUCUUGUUUUGCCAAGUUGUUUUGCCAUUUAGCGUGUUCUUUGUAUAUCCUUUGUAUAGGUUGACGUUGUUAAGUUGUCUGUACCCAACAUCUUGUUAUAGAAUAUCAUCAGGGUAGCCUUUUCAAUUCCCCCCACCAACCAAAAUGAAGUUAUUUUAAGUUUGAAA